AUGAAUGAGGUGGAGGAGAUGAAGGAGGAGGAGGUGGAGGUGGUCGUGAUGGUGGCUUGGUCGAAUAUGAUUGACUUGAAUGAUGAUGAAGUGAUAGACUUGAUGGUCGAAUCAUUAACCAACUUUGAUGAUGUUGAUGGUGUAAUAUAG